CGUCAAUGCUGUUGGUCACAAAAACACCCCUAGUUUCACGCUUGGCUGGAUUGGGGAAUGAGAUCGAAUGAUCGCUCCACUCCAUUCAAAUUCUUCCUUUUGGGUUGGAUUGCACUGCUAACUGCUCAGGGUCUCCCGGAUGAUCCUGAUCACCAACCACAGACGGCACCAAAUGUGGUGCUCCAAACUUGGCAUCACCGUCAGACUGGAUCGAGUCUGACUACUUAUGAUCUCAAAUGUCUCUGUUUCUGGAGGAUCUUCAUAUCAGAUCCUGUCCGCUUCCCGAGUCUCCAUCAUCAUCAUGACUGCACGUCUGCUCUCUGCAUGCCGCAUGGGUUUAUUGAGCCCACUGUCUCUAUCACCCCGUUCACCGUUCACCGUCCACCGUCCACAUCGUAUACGAUGCGUGGAAGAAUCCGCGCGUCGCCCAGCCCGCCCUGACUGGC